ACGUUUUGGUGCAUCGAAGUUUGCUUCUUGUUGCCUCCCAGGCCGCUUCAUUGCGUUCCCUCGACACUCAGUACAAUUUCUGGCCAAGACGUCACAUCACACCUGGCUUGAUAUUUAUGACACAAGAUCGCCAUCAUGGCUGAGUUGGCUCAUCUCCUCUUGCGCACUGUUGCGCGCGCAUUCUACACGACCGACCACAUCCUCGUGAUUGACGCAUUGAUCAAUCAUUCCACCCUCCAAGACAACGAUUUGUCGCACGUCCUCAGCAUGCAGUCUAAGCCAUUGCGUAAGCUAUGCGGGCGUCUUCGAGAAGACGGUCUACUAAGCGUUCAAAACCGAGCUGAGCGAAGGACGGACGGAACUGGUGGAUAUGUCGGCGGCACACCACAGGCAGGCAAGGAGCGAGUUACUCACCGCGACUGGUACUAUCUCAAUUUCCACAAGGCAAUAGACAGCAUCAAAUAUCGCAUGUACAAACUGAAUAAACACAUUGAAGGACAAGGCAUUCCCACGACAGAAAAGAAGGACUACAUCUGCCCUCGGUGCAAAAGUCAAUAUGCCACGAUGGAGGUCAUUGACAACAUGGACAUGGCAACAGGCUCUUUCAUCUGUCAUAGGUGUGGCCAUGUGCUGGAAGACGUGGCUCAAGACGAUGGUGCGAAUGAGAAUGAAGGAAUGAAACGGCUCAACAUUCAAUUUGACAAGAUCAUGAAGUUGCUCCAGCAAAUCGACGGUACUAAAGUGCCGGAGAACGACUUUCAGACUGCGUUGAGCCUUCAGAAGCCCGUCACCCGAACAGAUACGCACCCGGGCGCCAGGACGGAGGUUGUCGAUCUUCCCAACAGAAAUCUGCAAAGCACCAAGGGUCUCGAGAUCAAACCUGAAAAGAUCAGUAUUCAAUUGCAGGAUGACGAGGAUGUCAAACGCGAAAACGCCGCUGCCGAGGCUGCCGCUAGGAGAGAGCGCGAAGCGCGACAAAAUGCUCUUCCGGAAUGGAUAUCGAAGAGUACCGUUUCAGGUGACAUUACAGCGGUGGGUGCAAAGGAGGAGAAACAGCGAAGGGAGCGCGAAGCAAACUCCGGUGUGUUCAAGGAAGAGACUAGCAAUGAGGACGUCAAACCGAACACAGGCGAGGAGGACGUCAUGGCUAACUACUGGGCGGAGUUGGCACGCGCAAAGGAAGAGGCGGCAGCGAAGGAACGCGAAGAAGAGGACGAAGAGGAAGAGGAUGACGACGAUGAUGAGUUCGAAGACGUUGGCCCGCUGCUCUCAGCCAUGUCAACAAGCAACGACAAUGCUGAUGCAGCGAGUGACGAAGAUGAGGAUGAUGUGCAAUUUGAGGACGUCUGA